ACUGUGGAUGUCCCUGACCAUGCCCAUUAUAUUAUUGGUUCUGUCAUCUUAUUGGUGGGGGUGACGGGCAUGCUGCGAAACGCUCUGGUCAUCUACGUGUUCUGUCGCAGUCGGACGCUGCGGUCUCCUAGCAACGUUCUGGUGGUCAACUUGGCAGCUGCCGACUUCCUUAUGUCAGUGACGCAGUCCCCGGUCUUCUUCGUGGCGAGUCUGCACCGCCGCUGGGUGUUCGGGGAGCGAGCCUGUGAACUUUACGCCUUCUGUGGCGCUCUGUUCGGCAUCACCUCCAUGAUGACACUUACAGCCAUUGCCGCAGACCGCUGCCUGGCAAUCACUCGGCCGCUGGUAGUGGUAGGUGGGGCUGGCCACCAGCGGGUGUACGCGGUGGUAGUGGGGUUGUGGCUGUACUCCCUGGGCUGGAGUCUGCCUCCAUUCUUCGGGUGGAGCGCCUACGUCCCCGAAGGCCUGCAGACUUCAUGUAGCUGGGACUACAUGAGCUUCACAGCUGCCGUGCGUACCUACACUAUCCUGCUGUUCGUCUUUGUCUUCUUUUUCCCGCUAGCUGUCAUCGCCAGCUGCUACUUCGCCAUUUUCAGGGCAGUCCGGAAGGCGGGGCAGGAGGUGGCAAAGUUGAACUGUGGAGAAACCAACAAGGCGUUUGAGCGGCUACGCAGCGAGUGGCGGAUGGCUAAAGUAGCUCUGGCUGUGAUUCUGCUUUUCAUCCUGUCCUGGUCGCCGUACUCUGCAGUGGCUUUGACGGCCACCGCCGGCUACGCCCACCUGCUGACUCCUUACAUGAACUCAGUCCCUGCCGUCAUCGCCAAGGCUUCCGCCAUCCACAACCCAAUAAUUUACGCCAUCACACACCCAAAGUACCGAGCGGCCAUCAGUCUCUACUUCCCGCUGCUGCGUUCCGUGUUCCAGCUUCACGACCAGGAUCAACGGUCGCCUUUCGGCUCCAGCGCCCCCUCGUCACGUCGCACCACCCUCACCAGCUCACUGGGACUUCGCCUUGGCACCGGGAUGCGGACCAAUGGUCGCUGGGGGAAAAGCCGGCUAUCCUCCGCUUCAGACACGGAGUCCUGCUGGACGGAGAGCGAAGCCAACGGGUCCAGCGCCGGAUCCAACGUUUUCAAUCGGCAGCCAACUUCAAACUCUGAUCCCCCCCCCACUGACAAGCAGAGGGAGCAACCCGAGGUGAUGGAGAAGGACGUACCUGAUGGAGGUGUUGCCAUGGAGACCAAACCUCUGCUGCUUCCUCCGUGA